CCCGCCCCCGGACGCCUAGCGGGCGCCGCGACGUCCGGAGACCUUGGUUGGGACCUGCGUCGACUGUCCCUGCUGCUCGUGCGCCUCGUCCGCCGGUGCAGACCUUCGCGAGAGCUGCUCGGGUGCAGGCCUGGCGUAGUCUUGGCUGAUUGCCUUGAGAGUGCAAUGCAGAAGAACACUGGCCCAAUGGUGCCUUUACAUUAUUUUGGCUUUGGCUAUGCAGCACUGGUCGCUACUGGUGGAAUCAUUGGCUAUGCAAAAGCAGGUAGUGUGCCGUCCCUGGCAGCGGGGCUCUUCUUUGGAAGUUUAGCAGGCCUGGGUGCAUAUCAGCUGUCUCAGGAUCCCAGGAACAUUUGGGUUUUCCUAGCUACCUCUGGAACCUUGGCUGGCAUCAUGGGGAUGAGAUUCUACCAUUCUGGGAAGUUCAUGCCUGCGGGUUUAAUCGCAGGGGCCAGUUUGCUGAUGGUUGCCAAACUUGGAAUUAGUAUGUUGAAUAGACCCGAACCAUAGGGUCACAUCCCAGCUUCGACUCAUGAAGAAUUAAAAAUCUCCAGACUUCCACUGUUCUCAGUGUAUUGAGGGAAAGAAGUGCAGCAUAUUUACAUGCUCUGACAUUUUACUUCAAAAAUCAAACCAAAACAACACCGAAUUCAUUGGGGGGAAAACAUUAGUCAUUAUUGUCACAGCCCUUCAGAGGUGGCAAGGACAUAGCACAACCAUACUGGCUCCUUUGUAUGGUUCAAUUCAGUGAUGAGAUCAUGGUGUAAAAUGUGAAGUGUUAACCUU